AUGGCCGCGCAUGCGCAGGAGCGAAAAUUCAAGAAACCACCAGCUUGCGACACAUGUAAGGCUCGACGCGUUCUAUGUCAUCCCCAACCAAAUGGUGAACCUUGUCCGCGCUGCGCUGAGAAGAACAUCAUCUGCACAACAACUCCAAUCGCACGUGGCCGGCCACGCAAACACCCUCCUCCUCCCUCCAAUGCGACAGCUAAAACCCAGUCUGAAAAGCAUAAUACGAUCUCGCCAACUAAUCUCUGUCUGCUCUCAUCGAGAUCUCUUCCGACUUCAUCUAGAGGUUCUAUUCCCGACAUCAGCCCCGACUUCAUACAGCACUGUUUCCAGGCUAUCGAAUACGUUCCGCAAUACGCACAUCCCCUUCUAGGUCCCACCAAAACGAAUAUCAAAUCGAUACUGAGUGGAGUAAAUUGGGACCUGUACCGAGUCACGCCACAGAUGCGCGUACUGGCAAUGUGUCUCGUCUGCGCCGCUACUCUCGUUUCGUUCCACCCCUUUGUUCUUGGCAACUCGUCCAACUGCAACCCCGAAUCAUUUGCGGAUGAAGUCUUUUUCGGCGUCAACGACGAAUCUGAGGACGUUUCUCUUCUAAACACACCCGAGGCCCACAUCAUUCAAAGUCGUAUCAAGGAGUGUGGCAGACGAAGAGCUUCAACUUACCGGAUCCUGCGUGAUUUUACGCUUCAUUCCGCCUGGGAAACCGGUAUCCUGCUUCAAUCGAGCGAAGAAAACGCUGCAUCUUGUUAUUUUCUGGAUAUGCUUGAAUAUAUCGAUUGUGUCGGGUCUUCUAGACCUUGGGGCGUUGCAUACCUUUCGCAUAUACGCGUGUUGGCUCCCUUAUGGCAUUCAACAGGACAUGCAGCAAGCGACGCUUCGGACUGGGCAAAGUUUCUCAUGUUCGAAACAUUAAUCUCAACCCAAAGUCGGACUCCAAUCCUCGCCACACCCAUCGAUCAACUUUUGUUGGCCGGCCCGGAGCCGCCGCCAUUAGAAGGAAUUCUUUCGUCCCUCCAGAAGUCGGCACAGGAUCCGCACUAUGCCAUCAUAUGGACGACCAUGCGACCAUUCAUGUACCAUGUCACGACUUUGGCUCGUCAGCUCUCAGAAACAAUAUCGGGGGACUAUCCUCGGCUCGAGCGCCUCUCCGAAGCGGCUGUUCUUAACCUCUCCAACUCCCUUUCACUGAUGCAGUCCAUCGUUCUGUGUCUCCUGGACCGGAUUGACGCAGUUUUAUUGAGCAGUUUGCCAGCCGCCGUACAGAGCCAGACCAAGGGUGCACCUAUUCCUCAGCCCACAGUAUGCAUUAUCGACAACACCAGCGUGACCGGCGCGGCUCGAGUAGCUGCUUACACGCUUGUAGUUGGCUUCACGAGCCUGGUGCUUUCUCUAUACCGGGAACUGGAAUAUAGGGAGACGGCGGAUGCCGAUCUCGUUGGCGCUGGUCAUAGCGCAACGACUAGGAUCCACACAGCUGUUGGGUUCAUUGCCACAGAUGACCGGACACGAAAGCGGCUGCGCCUGAUGCAUGACCAAACGCGUGAAAUGGCGGUCACGGCUGGGCGGCUGUUUGUCCGUGGUUUGAGGUAUCUCCCACGUCUACAUUACGCGCCGUCGCUGGGAGCUACGGUCUGUGCGUGGGCGGAGUUUUGUUUGGAGGGAGCGGAGGUGCGGGCAAUCGAGGAAGAGGAGAUGAGUAAUCUGAUUACACUGCAGCGGGAGCUGUGGCUGCUAAGUUAUUCGCUGGACAUGCCCCAGAGCACGGCACUUUUACUAGAUCGUGUUGCCGCACAGUUGAGACUUGUCGUCGUUUUUAGCAGCAUCGGCGUCUUCCUUGGCCGGAAAGCCCUCGUGGAUCCACCGAUGGGCCCGUUCGUACAAAACUACAGGGACACAUGCACGGACUAUUCACCAGGAAAUCCACUCUGCGUUCUGGUGCCCUUCUUCAAAGAGCUGGUGACCAACGAGCUGGGCAAGUCAAUUCUGACGGCCUUUGGCACGGUCGGCGGCGUUCUGUCUCUCCAUUUAUAUUUACGUGCCGGCCAACAUGGGCGAUCGACAUUCCUGUCGCCGCUCACGUUCACGCUCAACUCGCUGGCCGGACAACUAUUCGGCGCGGGUUUUGUAGGGCCGAUCAUUAUUCCAACUGUUUUCGUGCUCGCCAAAACAUUCGAGCCGGCCCGGAACGGCCGGCGGGUGCUGCCCCCGCCAGCGUAUAGCUACACGGUCACGACACUCGUACUCCAGUUCUUCGUGGUGCUCUUGUCAAUGAGCCUCACCGCGAUUCCCACGACCGAUCCGCGCUGGUUGUACGCCAACUACGGCUUUCAAGGCUUCCCCCUGCUCUUCCUCCCGCUCUUGUUCUUCUCCCCCCAAACCCGCAUCGAAAGCGGAACCCACACCAACCAUCUCCACUUCGGGCUGACGCUCAAUGCGGGGAAAGUGCCGUUCACACUUCCCGUGUACUUCAUAGCGUUGGACUAUGUGGGCUUCAUUCUGACCUUUGUUGGCGCAUAUUUGGUAGACUUGGCCGCAGGCGACGUCCCCCCCGGCUUCGACCUGCUCAAAAUUUCCACAAGGGUGCUACUUACCGGCCCAGCGUCAACAAUGGCGGCGUUCUACGAGGCGCGUGAGCGGGAGAACAUCGCAGCUGCUGAGGCUGUCCGGCUGGCCAAAGCCCAAUAA